GGCAUGGGCCGCGGUUCCACGCUGAGCAGCUCUUCUGUCAUCUCUUUCCAUUGCAGUGUUCCCUCCAUCAACCUGACUGCCUGCAAGUACGAGAGCGGUGAGUCUCAGGAGCUGCGGGUCCCUGUGGGCCAGCGCAUUGACCAGCUGGUGCUGGUACCACCAUUCACUGCGCGGCACCUGCGGUUUGUGGGCUUGUUGGUUGGAAGUGACUUGGGCCCCUGUGAACAGUGUGGAGUUUGCCACACUUUUGCCUGAGGUGCCUCCAGUUUAAUGAGACAUAAAAUGUGCCGCGGCAGCACCAGCGCCCCCCCCCCGCCUUAUCUGCGUCUGCCACAACUGCUGAAGCAGUGCGGCGGGCAGCACAGUCCUGUGGGCUGAAAGAAGUGGGAGAUAACGAGGAGUGGACAGUGUACUGGACAGACUACUCGGUGUCUCUGGAGCGUGUCAUGGAAAUGAAGCGGUUCCAGAAAAUCAACCAUUUUCCGGGCAUGCUAGAGAUCUGCCGCAAGGACUUGCUGGCUCGCAACCUCAACCGCAUGCUCAGGCUCUUCCCCAAGGAGUACCGCAUAUUUCCCCGCACUUGGUGCCUGCCAGCCGACUAUGGGGAUUUCCAGGCCUACAGACGCGUGAGGAAAAACAGAACGUUCAUCUGCAAACCAGACAGCGGCUGCCAGGGGAGAGGGAUCUUCAUCACCCGGAACGCAGAGGACAUCAAGCACGGGGAGCAUAUGAUCUGCCAGCAAUACAUCUCGAAGCCUUUCCUUAUUGAUGGCUUUAAAUUUGACAUGCGCAUCUAUGUGCUGGUCACAUCUUGUGACCCACUGAGGAUUUUUGUCUACAAGGAGGGUCUGGCCCGGUUUGCCACCAUGAGGUACAUCGUUCCCAGCAGCAGAAACCUGGGUGAUAUCUGCAUGCAUUUGACCAACUAUGCUAUCAACAAACGUAACGAAAACUUCAUCCAGGAUGACACAGUGGGCAGUAAGAGGAAACUGUCUACCCUGAAUGCCUGGAUGGCAGAUAACUGCUACAACACAACCAAACUCUGGGAAGAUAUUGAAGAUAUUAUUAUAAAGACUCUGAUUUCAGCUCACCCUGUGCUGAAGCACAAUUACCAAAGCUGCUUUCCGAACCACACCGCUGGCUGCGCCUGCUUUGAGGUCCUGGGGUUUGACAUUCUUCUGGACAGGAGGCUGAAGCCGUGGCUGCUGGAGGUGAACCACUCCCCCAGCUUCACCACAGACUCUCGCUUGGACCGGGAGGUGAAGGACGCUCUGCUCUGUGAUACCAUUAACCUGAUAAACGUGCACGCCUGUAACAAAAGGAAGGUGCUUGAAGAAGACAAGCAGCGGGUAAAGGAACGGCUCCUCCAAGCCUCUCAGGCUGUCCGUGUGUCCAGGCGUGAGGAGCUGCAGAGCACACAGGCUGCCUGGCUGUCGCAGGCAGAGCAGUACGAGGACUUGCACCUGGGUGGGUACCGGCGCAUCUACCCCGCCCGCGGAACAGAGAAGUAUGAGCCCUUUUUCAAGCAAAGCAGCUCCCUCUUCCAGGAAACCGUGUCAUCCAAAGCACGAGAGGAGUGUGCCAGGCAGCAACUGGAGGAAAUUCGCCUGAAAAAAGAAAAGUUGGAAGCUGUUACCAAGAAGAAGAAAACUGAGAGGAAAGAAGACCUGCAAGGAGAGACAGCUGGGGAGAAAUCCCAGAUCCAUAAUAAAAACACAGCUCCCACAACACGCCUCAGCUCCAGAAGGACUAGGAUGUGGGACAGAAAGGCACAGCGCUUGCAAUACGACUCCAUGCAACCCCAGGAUAUUGUGGAAUAUGAGGAGAAGAAAAGAGUAAAUGCUCUUCUGCAGCGUGAGAACCUUAUCCGAGGCCUGGGCAUCAUAGAGCAGCUCACCCAGCUGCUCCCAGCAACAGACAGACCAGCUGACAUGCACAGAUCCUGCACCGCUGUCCCCAAGAGCCAGUUUCCCUGGGGUGCCCUUGGGGGCCAGGACACCCACUGCUUAAUGACGCUCAUCCCCUUCUCACUCCUGGGAGGUCCGGUCCAGCCUUCGGCACAGCGGUUCACACACAACCCCCAAGCCAAGGUGCAGCCGCCAGCCAGCUCAGGUCCUGCCGCCAGCACCCUCUCCGUUCGAGGCCAGCGCAUCCCGUACCACGAGCAGCACAUGGUGCGGCAGCGGGUGCAGAGCACAGGCCGGCUGCGUGGUCCAGCAGCGGGGAUGGCAGCGGUUCCCCAGCCCUGCAGCGGACCCGCGGAGCUGCAGGCAAGAGGCCAGUGUCUGCCUGGCACUGGAACCAAGGCUGAAGGCUAUGAAGCUAGCAGGCUGUCCUGUGCAGGCAGCUGUCACCCGGUGUCCCCAGCCAGCAUGGACAAGGUCACAGGCAAUGGCAUCUUCAGCCCUGCCACAGUCCCGGAGCUCCCCAUCACCUCUACCGCCUGCAUGCUGCACAUCUGUGCCUCACACCACGCCAGUGCCUUGCACACCUGCAGUGCAAAAAGCCCAGGUAAUGUGGCACAGGGGAUGCCAACGCUCAGCCUUCCUCCCCGAGGGUGUUUGCCAAAGAACCACAGCUGCUGGACCAGGCCGGUUGCUGAACCCCCUGACUGGAGCCUGGGCAUGGGUCCCACUGCCCACCCUGGGCAGCUCUGCCAGGCCAGAGGCUGGCGCCUGCACCCUCUCCUGCGCCCCCGCCCGCACUCUGCCUGCGCCCCUUCCUGCACCCGAACCCCCAGCGGCUGCCCCGCUCCCUGCCCCGCGCGGGUGCUCCCGGCCCCUUGUUCACGACCGCCUGCCCGGGACCGGGACACCGGGGCGGCCGUGCCGGGCAUCCCCGCUCCUCCCCCGCCGGGGCCGCUCCGCCGCCGGCCCCGCCCGGCUCCCGGCCGCUACUCCCGGCCAUGGCGGCGCUGCUGCGGCGGGGGCUGCGGGCGGUCGCGCUCCUUAGCGGGGCCUCACGGCGGGCAGCAGCGGCGGCGUGGUCCGGGGACCCGGAGCCGCCGGACCCGGCGCUGGAGGAGGCCGAGAGGGCGCGGCGGCGGCGGGCGGCAGCGCGGCUGCAGCGCCUGCGGCGGGAGCUGGGCGGGGGACGCGGCGCCCCCGAACGCACCCUGAGCUGGCGGGCGAUGGAACAGAUGCGGUUCCUGCGGCAGGAGCUGCCCGAGGAGUGGCCGCUGGAGCGCCUGGCCCAGGGAUUCGGUGUGAGCCCGGACGUGGUGCGGCGGGUGCUGCGGAGCCGGGGCUGCCCGCCGCCGCGCCGCCGCCUGCGGCAGGACGAGCGCGCGCUGAGCGCCGCAACGGCACCGGGACCGGUUCCGGCCGCCAGCCACGAGGUGCGCGCUCCCGACGGGUCGCUGCUGUACCGGCUGCCGCGGAGCCGGGGCGGGCUGGGGCCCGACGCGCAAUAAACGGCUGGAGGGGA